AUGAGUAAUUUAAAAGCUUUUGAAUUAAGAUCACUAAAAAAAAAGGAGCUAUUAGAAAAGUUAGAAGAAUUAAAAAAAGAAUUGAGUGGUUUAAGAAUAAGUAAAGCUAUUGGAAAUUCAGCUAAAAAUUCUAAAAUACGUUCUGUCAGAAAAAAUGUUGCAAGGGUUUUGACUGUUUAUAACCAAAAAAAAAAAACUGAGUUGAAAAAUAAAUAUAAAGGCAAAAGGUUUAAACCAUAUAAUUUAAGAAAAAAACUGACAAAAAAUAAAAGACUUCAAUUAACGGACAAACAAAAAAAGGCAAUGACACUAAGAGAAAAAAAAAAAUCGCUAAAUUUCCCAAAAAGAAAAUAUCUUGUGGUACAUAGAGAGUAA